UCAUGUUUUUGUUUGAAGAAAGGGUUUUACAGUAGAGAAAGCGAAACUCUCAAAUUUCUUGUUUCUUCCCCUUGUUUCUUCUUCUUCUUCAAUUCACCCAGAAAUCUAACCCCCAAGUGUGAGGAUGGUUGAGGAAGCAGCUUCAGCAUCAGAGGUCGUGCAAACCUUAACGGAGCCUGUGACGGAGACAGUACAAACCCUAGAACCCAACCAAGCCUCAAUCGAAGCCACCGUCGGAUCAACUGUCCAAGGAGGCACUGAAUCCACUUGCAACAACAACAACGCCGCCGAGAGUGCUGUAACUGAUGUCCCCGACGAAGACCGUGAGAAGACGCUUGAGUUCGCCGAUGAACUGACUGAGAAAGGAUCUGUCUUUUUGAAGGAGAAUGAUUUCGCAGAAGCCGUAGAUUCCUUCAGCCGUGCGCUUGAGAUCAGGGUUGCACACUAUGGCGAACUUGCUACUGAGUGUAUAAACUCAUACUAUAAAUAUGGAUCAGCUCUCCUGGAAAAGGCUCAGGCUGAAGCUGAUCCACUUGGUAACAUGGCCAAGAAAGAAGAUGAAGUUCAGCAAGAGUCUAUUAAGAGCACUACCAACGGUGAAUCUGUCGCUGCAUCUGUUGUUGCUCCUAGUAACACAGAGAGACAAGGCAGCUCAAGUGGGCAAGAAGGUUCUGGUGGUAAAGACUUAGAACAGGAUGGUGAAGAUUGUCAGGAUGAUGACCUAUCUGAUGGUGAUGAAGAUGAGUCUGAUUUGGAUAUGGCCUGGAAAAUGCUGGACAUCGCUAGGGCUAUCACUGACAAACAGUCUACUGAGACAAUGGAAAAAGUUGAUAUACUCUGUGCCCUUGCUGAAGUUUCCUUGGAGAGAGAGGACAUUGAGUCUUCCCUGAUUGACUACAAGAAAGCAUUGUCUAUCUUAGAGCGACUGGUUGAACCCGACAGUCGACACAUAGCCGAGCUAAACUUCCGCAUAUGCAUCUGUCUAGAGACUGGAUGUCAGCCUCAGGAAGCAAUACCAUAUUGUCAAAAGGCUGUGUUAAUCUGCAAAGCACGGAUGGAGAGGCUCACAAAUGAGAUCAAGGGUCCAUCUGGAUCAGCAACUUCCUCAAAUGUCUCUGAAAUAGACGAAGGAAUCCAACAAUCGUCUAAUGUUCCCUACAUUGACAAAUCUGCUUCAGACAAAGAAGCUGAGAUCAGAGUCUUAUCUGGACUCGCAGAAGACCUAGACAAGAAGCUUGAGGAUUUGAAACAACAAGCAGAGAACCCAAAGCAACUCCUUGCCGAGCUAAUGGGAAUGGCAUCAGCUAAGGCAAAUGCUAAUGACAAGGUUGCUGGUGCUGUUGGCGAAAUGAGCUCUUCUCGGAUGGCUAUGAAUACUGGGAAAGACUUAGAGUCGCCUACGGUCUCAACCGCUCACACCAGUGCAGGAGGAGGAGCAUCAUCAGGUGUUACUCAUUUGGGCGUUGUUGGAAGAGGAGUGAAGCGAGUUUUGACUAAUGCAACCUCUGCGGAAUCAAGUCCAUCAAAGAAACUAGCUCCCGAGUCUUCAGACAAAGCAGAUGGCAACUCUUCUUGAGGUGAAAAAUGGCAAAGAGCUCUCCUUUACUACUGAGUUUUAACAGAAACAUUUGGUACCCUUGUCAUGAAUCUUAGGUUUUCGCUGUCCUUUUAUUGUAAUUGAGUCCGUACUUUAAAAAUUUUAAUCGUUGAGAGCUUGUCGUAUU